UUCUUCUUUUUACCAUCGUCUCCUUCUCAUCCCCAUAUCAUUCUCCACUAACACAUCCUCUUCUCCUCUAUAUAACACCUCUCUCUUCAUGGAUCACAUUCAACUUGUUCUUCUUUUCUAAUCAAAUUCCUCUCUUUUGUUCUUUUCUUUCUUUCUUUCUUUUGGAUUUCUUUAUUUAAUUUGUGUAAUGGGUUCUUUAAAAAAUGGUGAAAAUGUGAACUUUAGUGCUCCAAGGCCAUUUGGGAAGAAGCUGAAAUCGGAUCUGAAAGAGACGUUUUUCCCUGAUGAUCCCUUCAAACAAUUUCGAGAUGAAAGUGGGGCAAUGGAUAGAGUGAAAAAGGGAUUUCAAUACUUCAUACCUAUUUUGCAAUGGCUUCCUAAAUACAAUUUGAAUAUGUUUAAAUAUGAUUUGCUUGCUGGUAUUACCAUUACCAGCCUUGCUAUUCCUCAAGGCAUUAGUUAUGCCAAACUUGGCAUUCUACCCCUCAUCGGCCUUUAUUCUAGCUUUGUUCCGCCCCUUGUAUACGCGGUGUUUGGAAGCUCUAAACAUCUGGCGGUGGGAACGGUGGCGGCUUGUUCGUUGCUCAUAUCCGAAACUAUUGGUGCAGUUGCUUCGCCGGAAGAAGAACCCACAUUGUAUCUUCAUUUGGUUUUCACCGCCACCUUUGUCACCGGCGUCAUGCAGGCCGUCUUAGGAUUUCUAAGACUCGGAAUUUUAGUGGAUUUCUUAUCGCACUCCACAAUCCUUGGAUUCAUGGGAGGAACGGCUGUGAUCAUCUGUCUUCAACAACUGAAGGGGAUAUUUGGACUAACUCAUUUCACCUCUAAAACUGACGUUUACUCUGUACUUCAUGCCGUUUUCUCUCUUAGAAAAGAGUGGAAAUGGGAAAGUGCUCUUGUGGGUGUCGUUUUCCUUCUAUUCCUCCAGUUUACAAGGUACUUGAGAAACAGAAAACCAAAGCUCUUUUGGGUGUCAGCUAUGGCUCCUAUGGUGACAGUGAUAGUAGGAUGUUUGUUUGCCUAUUUCAUCAAGGGAAGUCAGCAUGGAAUCCUAACUGUGGGUCACUUGAGCAAAGGGAUAAACCCUAUUUCUAUUCACUUCUUGAACUUUGAUUCCAAAUAUCUAUCAGCUGUAGUACAAACUGGCUUAAUCACUGGCCUUAUUGCUUUGGCUGAAGGAAUAGCAAUUGGUCGAAGCUUUGCGAUAAUAAAAAAUGAACAAAUCGAUGGGAACAAGGAGAUGAUAGCCUUUGGUUUGAUGAACAUAGUGGGAUCUUUCACUUCCUGCUACUUAACCACUGGGCCAUUCUCAAAAACUGCAGUGAACUUCAAUGCUGGGUGUAGAACAGCAAUGUCAAACAUUGUUAUGGCAAUUUUCAUGGCUCUCACUCUCCUCUUUCUAGCUCCUGUCUUCAGCUACACACCUCUUGUCGCCCUUUCCGCCAUUAUAAUGUCCGCCAUGCUUGGUCUCAUCAAAUAUGAAGAAAUGUAUCAUCUUCUCAAAGUUGAUAAAUUUGAUUUUUGCAUUUGUAUGGCGGCUUUCUUGGGUGUUGCUUUCUUAAGCAUGGAUAUUGGAAUCAUGCUUUCGGUGGGACUUGCUUUGCUGAGAGCUCUUCUUUACAUGGCUAGACCAGCUACUUGCAAGCUCGGCAAAAUACCAAACUCCAAUUUGUACAGAGAUGUGGAGCAAUAUCCUAAUGCAACUAGAAACCAUGGGAUUAUUGUUCUUCAACUUGGUUCCCCUAUUUAUUAUGCCAACUCCAACUACAUCACAGAAAGGAUUUUCAGAUGGGUUCGUGAUGAGCAGGGCAAUUUCGAGGAUGGACCUGUGGAACAUGUACUCUUGGAGUUGAGCGGGGUCACCUCAAUCGACAUGACAGGGCUUGAAACGCUAAUCGAAAUUCGUAGAUCAUUACAAGCAAACGGAAUCCAGAUGGGAAUUGUAAACCCAAGAAUUGUAGUGAUGGAGAAGAUGAUAGCUUCAAAAUUCACAGACACAAUCGGGAAAGAGAACAUCUAUUUAUCAGUAGAUGAAGGAGUAGAAAGGUGUAGAGAUUUGGUUCCAAAAUUAAAACAAACAGAAACAGGUGCUGGAAGUUCAAACAUGAGGACAAUGGAGCAGCAAGUAUAAAAUGGCAAACUGUAGUAGGAUUCGGGAAUUAAUUUGUUUUAGCAGAUGGAGAAUAAUUCCAAUCUACAAUGGAGGGAGGCUGUUGAUAUAACUAUAAUGUAAAUUAUGUGUUUGUCGAUGCGAUGAGCUUCGUCUUUUUCAAGCUCUCAGUUUGAAUAUUACUAUGGAGGGAAAUGGUUUUCCUAUUUUGCAUUUCUCCCGUGAUUAUGUUUAUGGUAAGAAAUUCAAUCUUGUUCCUUC